AUACGCCUGCGCGCUGCUAGUGUCGCUCUAAGCGAGACAUAGCAUUCGCGCUGCACCUCUGCGUUCGCCCGCGGCUCCAGAAAAGAUCCCCUCCGCCUCCGACCCCGAGGCAACAAGGCAGCUCGCAUUUCGCCGCUCACCGAGCCCUCGAGGCGCGCUAUCCAUGGCCACCUGCUACCCAUCCGGUGCUUCCGCGCUCCAGCCCCCCGCCCCGCGAACUCGCGCCGCCUUUCCGCAGAGGUUUCCCGGCCCGGCUUCCGGGAGGAGCUCUCCCUGUGCGGCUGUUCGGCGGCAGCGGAGGGGGAGGGGAGCGGUGGGCGUCGUGCGAGCAUGCUUCAAUCCUUUCGAGGACGAACGCAUCCUCCGGGAGGCCUUGAAGGAGCCAGUUGCAUUCAUGGGUGGCGUGUUUGCUGGUCUCUUGAGGCUUGACCUGAAUGAGGAUCCUCUCAAGGAGUGGGUAACUCGAACGGUAGAGGCUUCUGGAAUAGCUGAAGAGAAUAGUGCUGAGGAAUCAAAUGAGGGAGCUCAAAAUGAUGGACCCCAACAAAUUGAGAUUGAGUGAGGUUGAUGUUGGACAUACUAUGUGAAGCCUUACCUGAGGUGGUCUGUUUUUCUGAAGUGUCAUGGAAUAUUGUUACCAGGAGAAAGCUAUGGACACUGCCAUUUUGCUAGGUCAAUGAACAAUGAAGUCUUGCCACCAAUAUUUUCAAACUGGGAGAAACAUAGGCUUGUAUGUCUUGACAUGACAGUGCAGACAAUGGUGUUAUUUUACAAGCCUUGACAAUUCAUGCUUGUUCAGCACUGUACCUUUAUCAAGAUUGUCUUCAGCACUGUACCUGUUUUCACUGUUCGAUUCCAGUUUCCUCAGUUGGUUCGGUUACUAAGUUUAUCUAGACACUCAUGCUGUAAUCAAGUUGCCCUAACACUAAUAAUGUUAAUGCACCAAAUAUUGGAGAUUUC